CAAGCCCUUCAGUAGGAGUGUUGGUUUAACUAGUGAUCAAGGUCCAGUAAGAUAAGAAGAGGUUGGUGGCUGACGCACAGCCAGUGUUGUGUUACCAAACACUCCUAUCUAAUUACCAUCAACAGCAGGUAAAGAGUGGCAGCUCUGAGCACCGUGUUUCUAUCAAUCGAGCAACUGGAAUUUACGAAAGACUAACACCCAAAGGAACUCUAAAACACCACUUGUAUGUGGUUCUUUUGAAGAUCUCUAUCAUGGGUAAGAAGUCAGAGGUUUAUCUCUUCUCUCUGGUGUUGUUGUCAGCGCUUCUUCAGUGCUCAGGGGCCAUCUUGUUCUGGACGGCAUUUGUGAACUACUCGUACAGCAUGGACAACCAGACCGUUAACCUCUUCUGUCAGUGUGGGGUGUACGGUCGCAAUUCUCCCCUGCUUCCGGCUUCAGGCAUUGUUGUCUUGCCCAGCUCUGACCCUUUUGGCUGUGGAAGUGACACCGUCUACAGCCCCAACAACUCUGCCCUCGUGCCCUGGAUUGCCCUGGUUGAGAGAGGAAGCUGUAGCUUCAGUGACAAGAUCAAUGCCGCCAAGCGCCAGGGGGCAGACGGUGUUGUGGUCUACAACCUGGAUGGCACGGGAAACAAUACCAGCAAAAUGGAACACAAAGAAGCCCAAGGCAUUGUGGCCAUUAUGAUUGGAAACCUCCUGGGCAAGGACUUAGUCAACCUUGUGAACAGUAGCGUUGAGGUAAAGAUGGUUAUCGAUUUAGGUAAACCUCUUGGACCCUGGAUGGACACCUAUUGGCUGUACUUCCUUUCCAUCUCAUUCUUUGUAGUAACGGCAGCUUCCAUUGGCUACUUUAUCUUUGUCUCUGUCCACCGCCUCCAUAGCCUCCGGGCGCAAAUGCGUGCAGAGUCACGGCUCAAGUCGGAGGCAAAGAAAGCCAUUGGUCGGUUAGAAGUGCGCAAGUUGAAACGAGACGAUGAAGAGAUCGGGUCCGACUCCCACACCUGCGCCGUGUGCAUCGACUCCUACAAGCCAGGAGAGGUCGUGACUGUUCUUACCUGUGGACACUUCUACCACAAGGCGUGCAUCGAGCCCUGGCUGCUGGAGAAGAGGACCUGUCCCAUGUGCAAGUGUGACAUCCUGAAGGCUCUGGGCGUGGAUGCUGAGGUGAAGAAGGACGGUUCACCCAUCUCUCCACCAGAUGUCACCGUGGUGACGGUGUCAGGUGAAGAGCAUCUCUACAAUGUGCCGCUGACAGACACGUCGACCCCGGAACUUGCAAGGCACCAGGACCUGCAUCCCUAUGACAACGGGGCCUUCGAGGGAGACUCUCAGAUCAUGAACAAUAUGGCUGCCAGAGGAUGAACAAAACGAUGUCAGAAUAAUCCAUGAAUCACAACGCAACACUGUUCUGUAUCACUGGUCAAACUUUAAGGUCAAACUUAUGUGUUGACUAAAUGUUGUCGUUGAACAGGGCGGCAGAGAUUUUUAAAUAUGUUUUCAUAUGAUCAAAUGUACACCUAUGCUUUUGCAAUGUGAAAUCAUGUGUCAUUGUUCACCUGUUCCCAGCUAUAAAUUCAGGGGAUUGGAUUUUGAUUCAGUUGUUGAAAAUUGACUUUUGUUGAAACUUGAGCUGGUCAGGAAGUUUACUUCUUUAAACGCCCUGAUAGCAGGGGCCCUGGGUACCUACCUCGAUGUUCAUUAUUAAUAUGAGAAGUGAAGAGGAAUAUGAUUGCUUUCUAUUUCUGUGAUCAAGAUUUGACCUCAUAAAAGAAGUUACUUAGUUCACUGGAUGAUAAGGAUUACUCGAUAUAGUUUUUUAUUGAAUUAAAUUGAAUGGGAAAAUGUGUCAACUUUUGACUGGUACUUUAUUUAUUUAGAAACACCAGAUUCUGAGUCUAAAAUGUUCUGUUAUGAUGAUUAAAAUAACCAUAGCUGUGAUUAAUCCCAUUGAUACUUUUAGUGCAAUAAAUCUCCCAGAAAGAGCAUUGUGUGUAUAUAUAUAUAAACCUUUAAUCAAG